AUGCUUUACGAACUCAUUGGCGUAGUCCGCCCCGGCAACCUAGCCGAAGUCCGCGAAAUCGCAAAAACAACUGGCAACAUCGUCCUCAACUCCGGCGGCGUAGUCCGCGGCAUCACAAACUGGGGCGUCUUCCAUCUGCCCAAGCCAAUGAGAAAAAACACAGUCACCCACAACACUGGCCAUUACUUUGUCGUGCGCUUCGACAGCAGUGCGCGAACACAGCACGCGGUACGCAGAACGCUGGGCUUGGAUCCGCGAAUGUUGAGGUAUUCGGUGGUGAAGAUGGGGAGCACGUUGGAGGAAUUGAGGAGUGUGGUUGGUGAGGUGCAGUGGAGGGCUGAUGCUGAUGCUGUGCAGAACUGA